AUGUCCCCUCAACUCGAAGCCCUCCCCUAUGAAAUUCAGCAGUUCAUCUUGGAAUAUUUGGAUGCAACUCACCCGGCAAGCCUCACUGCUCUGGCCUGCGCCAGUAAGAAUCUUUUCGCCACUGUGAAGCCCUUUUUGUUUCGCACCAUCAGAUUCUCAGUUAAAGACAUAAGGGACUACAACAGAAUUCAGCCGGAUCGUAUAUCCAUAGCAGUGCAAGAGUACUCAAAGUUGCUAAAGCACUAUAACAGCGCGGAGUAUGUCCAAAAUCUCAUUAUUGGCGGCGACAUAAGCGAAUAUGAUUACCGCGAACGCGGACUCAGGUCCCAGAAUGGUGAUUUUGGGCCUUAUCACUGGAAACAGUCCAAAAUAUCCCACGUGGAUCGUUUAACACUUGCUUCAGCGGAUGGCGAAGUCUGCGACGAGCCAGACCCAGUGCGACACAUGUCCCGUGCUGAUUAUUCUAAGCCUGAUGCCUGCUACAACGACAACCCUGCCUGGAAGCCCCUGGCAGAAUUCAUAAAAAUGCUUCCCGGGUUGAAACACUUGGUCUAUAACUACUUCUCUCAGUUUCCACCAUGCUUGCUCGAGGUACUGCACAAUAAUCUCCCGGGAUGUAAAUUGCAUUUGUAUACUUUUAGUAUGCGAAGUGUUCCAUUACUGGACGACUACGAGACCAAACUCAUCACGUCGCCCUGUCUAACCAGCAUAAGGAUUGUUUGCAAGGUGGAUACGAGACGAGGAACCGACUUUGAGCUAGGCCAUCCGGCUGACCAUGCGAUGCGCCACGCAAUCGUAUUAGCGCCAGCCUUGAACAGGGUACACAUUGAUGUGUGCCGCGGAGGUGGUGCGAGACGCAUUUUUCUUGAACCAAGAAUUAUCCCGACGACAGUAUGUCCUAGUGCGCCGAAGUCUUUGGACGUUCGAAAUUCCCUGCACUCGCUUCGACUUCGUUUUGUUAUUUCGGCGAACCGAGAACUCGUAAAGCGCUGGACAGCACGCAUCGAUUUCUCCAAAUUGAAAGUUCUAGGCCUCACAGGGAAUAUUAAUGCGGAUACAUUGGACUAUAUGGGAUCAAGCUACCAAUUUCCUUCCCUCCGAAGCCUCUUUAUCCGUUAUACGCUCCACGACAGCGCUUGGGUCAGUGGGGAAAGCCUAAAAAGAUUUUUGGACCGCUUACCGCCAUUAUUGUCCUUAACUGUGUCGUUCUCGAGGUCUGGACUGGACGUGGACGGCAUUGCCAAACACCACGGUGCCGCACUACGGAGGCUUACAAUAAACAAUCCUCACUUGAAUGAAUAUGACCUGAAAUGCUUGGCCAAGUACUGUCCUCAUCUGGAAUAUUUGAAAUUGGGCCUGAAACGAACAUGGGGCGAUGCGAAUGAAAUAGCUCUCUACAAGGCUUUGGGGUCUAUCCCACGUCUAGUAGAUCUGGACCUAAGCCUCAACGCACCCGAUCGAAAUCUUCGCGGCACGGAUGCUCCAGAUUUCUCCGAUGACGAUCGCUUUGACAAGUUCCAUAGGAAAUACUGCACCUUACGGAGCGGUUUCAGAGACGAGCACACCGAGUACAUCAAAAACGGCUACGUCCGAGACCAGCUCAUGAAUUGUGCUCUGGACAAGGACCUGGCUUGCGCUAUUUUCCGAGCCAUCUCUGCAGGAAAACCUAAGGAUAUCGGGAGAGAGUGA